UCAGUGCAGAGUUAUGGAAGAAAAACAACACCCAACUCCUCUAGAUGUAGCACAUGCCUUUGUCAAGCAAUUUUAUGUCAUACUCAACCAAUGUCCUCAAAAUCUCCAUAAGUUUUACCAGGAGCAGAGCCUACAAGGCUGGCCCAAGGCUGAUGGUGUCGUGAUCCCUGUCACAACCCUAAGUGGAAUAAGUGAAAACGUUAUGUCGUCCGAAUACAAAUAUUGCUCUGUGGACAUCAAAACCACGAAUGCACAAGAAUCUAUCAAGGGAGGAAUCGUUGUUGCUGUUACUGGUUGCUUGACCACAAAGAAUAAUGUCCAAAGGAAUUUUAGUCAGACUUUUUUCUUGGCGAAGCAGGAAAAAGGAUUCUUCGUCUUGAAUGACAUUCUUCAGUUUUGUUGCGUUUGCGAGCCCUCAACUAAGGCUGCUCCUACUCAGGAUUCUGGCGACACUCGUGAUGGUGCUACGGCCUUAAACUUCAAAGCAGCAAUUCAAAAUGGAAAAGUCAUGGAGGAAAAAAACCCGGCCUCACCGCCAAAAGGCACAAAACCACAGCCAGUUGACACACCUGAUGUCAAACCAUCUUCUUCAAAUGUAGCCACGAAAAUCACCUAUGCUUCUAUGCUUGCAAAAGAGACUCUUGCUGUUUCUCCUAGUGGCGGUGUGUCUUCCACAAGCAAAGUCGCGCCUAAGUCUCCUAGUGCGUAUUCAGAAGCGAAGGGUAUAUAUAUUGGUGGAUUACCUUACGACAUUAGUAAACAAGGAGUUAUGGACGUUGUAAAACAAUUCGGGCAUGUUAAGAAUGAUCCGGACACUACUCAGAUCAGAAGACACGAGGAUGGUUUCUGUUGCGGAUUCGUGGAGUUUGAGUCGGCAGAUUCUGCGCGUCGUGCAGUUGAGGCGCAUCAUGUGAUGUUCGGAGAUAAGGAAGCCUAUAUCAUGCCCAAGAAACCUUAUAAUCGAGGUAACAACGGUAGAGCGAGGCCAGCAACGAGGCGUGGACCGCACAAUGACAACUCCGGUACGACAGAGAAUGGAGAUUGGAGUAACUACGGUCAGCGGCCGAGGCAGACCAAUCCUUAAGUAAUCUGCAUUCAUCACUAUGUCAUUUGAUAUUUUGAUGACAUAUAAAUACUGUUUUUUACAUUUUCAAUUAAGUGGGCAAUAUUUGCUUGC